AUGGAUUCAGACACAAGUGGACGCCAAAGUUAUCGACUCUCCAAUGCUUCCCUUUUUGGGCCCUUGCCAUAUUGGUUAGCCAACUUGACGUUUUCUCAGUUCGAUCUAUCUUACAAUCAGAUUACCUUGCCAAAAUGGUUAGCCAACUUAACGUUUUUUUGGCUCGAUCUAUCUUACAAUCAGAUUACUGGGCCAUUGCCAGAAUGGUCAGCCAACUUGACAUUUUUUCAGCUCGAUCUAUCUUACAAUCAGAUUACUGGGCCAUUACCAGAAUGGUCAGCCAACUUGACAUUUUCUCAGCUCGAUCUAUCUUACAAUCAGAUUACUGGGCCAUUGCCAGAAUGGUCAGCCAACUUGACAUUUUCCGAGCUCGAUCUAUCUUACAAUCAGAUUACUGGGCCAUUGCCAGAAUGGUCAACCAACUUGAUAUUUUCCGAGCUUGAUCUAUCUUACAAUCAGAUUACUGGGCCCUUGCCAGAAUGGUCGGCCAACUUGACACUUUCCGAGCUGGAUCUAUCGUACAAUCGGAUUACUGGGCCUUUGCCAGAAUGGUCAGCCAACUUGACACUUUUUGAGCUGGAUCUAUCUUACAAUAAUAUUACUGGGCCCUUGCCAAAAUGGUUAGCCAACUUGACACUUUCUCAGCGCGAUCUAUCUUACAAUCAAAUUACUGGGCCAUUACCAGAAUGGUCAACCAACUUGACAUUUUCUUGGCUUGAUCUAUCUUACAAUCAGAUUACUGGGCCCUUGCCCAACAUGUCUAUUAAUUGUUCCUAUUUAGAUCUCUCUCACAACUUGAUCUCUGGAUCUCUUCCAAUAGAUAUUGGUAUUAUGUCCCAAGUAGAUACUUUGUAUCUCAAUGAUAACCUAAUCAAUGGUACUCUACCAUCAUCAUUAUGCGACAUGGAGUUGUUUGAUUUAAAUCUUGCCAAUAAUAGCCUAUCUGGUAGUAUUCCAGAUUGUUGGAAGGGUUCUUUAUUAUUCUUGACUUUGUCAUUCAAUAAGUUGUCCGGAGUAAUUCCUAGCUCACUUGGAUCAUUGCCCCACCUUAUCACCCUACACUUGAACAGAAACCGUCUCAAUGGGGAGCUUCCUCAGGCUUUAGAUUAUUGCACAAGUCUAGUAAUUUUAGACCUUGGAGAGAAUAAUUUGUCUGGAAGCAUUCCAACAUGGUUUGAUGAAAGCUUUCAGUCCUUGUUAAUCCUCAGGCUACGAGAAAAUAGGUUUGUUGGCAGCAUCCCUCCACAGCUUUGCUCAUUAUCAACACUGCAAAUAUUAGACAUGGCUGUGAACAAUUUGACGGGAAUGAUCCCACAUUGUCUUGGCAAUAUGAGCAACAUGAUCAACUUCAAUCAAGGCAAUCCAUUUGGAUCUGUGGCCGUUGCUCCUAUAGAAGAUAUAAUCUCAUCUUUAGACAGUUAUCCAAAUUGGAAUCAAGAGCACGUGGUUGAGAUCUUGAAGGGAAGAUAUAAUGAGUACACCGACACUGUUUUGCAACUUGUGGUCAAUUUGGAUCUCUCUAGCAACUUUUUGAAUGGGUCAAUCCCGGAAGAACUUUCUUUCCUCUCAGGAUUGCAUGGCUUGAACUUGUCUUACAACCAUCUCUUUGGAGAUAUUCCCAUUGGCAUUGGGAAUAUGACGUCAUUGGAGUCUCUUGAUCUUUCAAACAAUCACCUCUCAGGGACAAUUCCACAGAGCAUUUCAGCGUUAACAUUUUUGGGCCACCUCAACUUGUCACAAAAUAACUUUAUAAGGCAAAUUCCAAAAGGAAAUCAAAUUCAAACACUCGACGAUCCUUCCAUUUAUGCUGGUAAUCCUCUACUCUGCGGUGAUGUUUUGAAAAAAAAAUGCCUUGGCGUUAGGGCAUCUCAAACACCGAAAAUCCUUCACCCUAAAGAUACACAUGAAGAGGAUAAGCUUUCCAAGGCAUUGUUCUAUGUGGUCAUAAUGCUAGGAUUUGCGACUGGGUUUUGGGGCUUUUUUGGAGUUUUGCAGUUCAAGAAAGAUUGGAGACGUGCAUAUUUCAGCUUUGCAGAUCAAGCAGCGAACAAGGCUUAUGUGACCAUAGUGGUGAAGGUAGCCAAGUUGAAGAGACCGAGACUAUCAAGAGCAUGUAAGAAAUGA